AUAUUGCGAUCUGCUUGUCUACUUCAUGCGUGGUACAGUGUUGCACUGACAGGCACAAAGAUGAUGUAUUCUUCACGGAGAAAACCUGUGCUGUAUUUCAAAGAUGAUAGAAGAAGUUGUUUCAUGUGUUUCAAAAUAUAAAGAAGUGAAAGUCAAAGGAUGCAGCGUCAUGAAGAGGUUCAUUUUCUGUCGAGGAAAUGCACCGUCUGGAAGCUCUUCGGGUUCUGCAUGGUGUUUGUUUUGGGGUCCCUUCUUUGGGUGCAGCUGACUUGUUCCGGAGACAUGAACCAGACUGUUGGAUACAGCCACCUCCCUCAUCAGCCCUGUCCCAUAGAGAGACAGUCAUCCUCUGCUGAUGACCCCUCCUGGGGCCCUCACAAAAUGGCCCUCAUCGUGCCAUUCAGAGAGCGCUUUGAAGAGCUGCUAAUAUUUGUCCCUUACAUGCAUGCUUUCCUCAACAAAAAGAAAAUACGGCAUCAAAUAUUUAUUAUAAACCAAGUGGAUCGCUUUCGGUUCAAUCGUGCCUCUCUUAUUAAUGUUGGCUACAUGGAAAGUGGUAAUGACACGGACUACAUUGCAAUGCACGAUGUGGACUUGUUGCCCCAAAAUGAGGAUCUGGAUUAUGGAUUCCCAGAGGAGGGGCCCUUCCAUGUGGCCUCACCAGAGCUCCAUCCCUUAUAUCAUUAUAAGACGUAUGUGGGAGGGAUCCUGCUGCUUACCAAGAAACAUUAUCAAAUGUGCAAUGGGAUGUCAAAUCGCUUUUGGGGAUGGGGAAGAGAAGAUGACGAGUUUUUCAGAAGACUAAAAACGGCUAAACUCGAGCUUUUUAGGCCAACGGGUAUUACUACAGGAACUAAAACAUUUAGACACAUCCAUGAUCCAGCCUGGAGGAAGAGAGACCAGAAGCGGAUCGCUGCACAAAAGCAGGAGCAGUUUAAGGUGGACCCCGAGGGUGGCCUCACCAACCUCGGCUACAAGGUGGAGUCCAGAAAAGAAGUGACCAUCGGUGGAGCUCCAUGUACUGUCAUCAGCAUCGUUCUAGAGUGUGACCUCAGCCAGACCCCAUGGUGCCAGCCCAGCUAAAGUGCUUGAGCAGGACCUGUAACUCCAGAAUGAUACGCAUUCUGGUGGCAAGAAAGCUUUCACAGAUUAUCAGUGCCAGUCACUCUGUGAUCGCCUAACCAAAAGGAACUGAAUAUGUGAUGGUGGGGAAAGAACUUUUCUCUGAGGAUUUAUUUUUAUAGGACAGUGUUGUUGACUUCAUCCAUGAUGAAGUGCUGCCUCAUUUUUUAAUUGAUCUAUGGACCAAUGUCAGGUACUACACUGAGUUUGCAUCAUCAACUUUGCAAAUACGAGCAUCCAAAUGUCCGAUUUUUUAACGAGUUUUAUAAUAUUUUAGUUGUAGCGGUGGACUGUUUCUCUUAGUGCAAUUGUGAGUAUUUGCUCAGCCCUGUCUUGACAAAAUUGUUUCUUUUUUGCUUGAAGUCAAAAUCAUGUCUUGAAAAGGACAAUAUUAUAUAUACAUGAAAUGGGUUUAAGGGUACUUUGAUUGUAUUUGCACAAUAUUCAGUAUUUAUAUAAAAAAACAAAUGUUUCCUAAUUUCGAGUCUUUUUACUUUUCCCCUGUUUCAGAACGCAUGGAAUGCUGUUACAACGUACACUCACAGGAUUAUGUAGAGACACAAUGACCUGGAGGCAUGAAGCUAUAUCCAAAAAAACAAACAGCUUUCGGUGCAAAUGUUAAUAAAAUUCAGACACCACAUACUUGUUUUCAUUAGCAAUGCCUGAACAUAAACUGUGACCUGAGUACUCUGUCCAGACUAAGAUGCAUUAUUGUGCCUGUGGCAACAAACUGCUACACAACUGCACAGAACAUGUGUGCCAAAAAAAAUAAAGAAAAUAUGUCUCAAC